AUGUCGGAGGCAUCAUCAUCCAAAGUCAAAGCAGACUCGCUGCUGCCACCAGCCAAAUCUGGCUCGACAACGACCGCAUCGACCCCCAACGGCUCAACCAACUCCGCCUCCUCCCUCGCCACAAAGCACGGCAUCGAGCUGCCCACACAAGAAGACGCAGAACGACUCGGCUUCAACGUCUUCUCGCACAUUCUCGAUCCGCGUCUUCUGCGUGCGCUCGCCGAUCUUGGCUUCGGCAUUCCAACACCAAUCCAGCAAAAGGCCAUCCCACUCGCACUCGCUGGCAAGGACGUGCUCGCGAGAGCUCGCACCGGCUCGGGCAAGACACUAGCUUACGGACUGCCGCUGUUGCAGAAGGUGCUCGAUGCGAAGAAUGCAGUCGCCAAGUCGGAUACGAAGCAUCAGUUGACGAGGGCGCUAGUGUUGGUGCCGACCAGGGAGCUGGCCGAGCAGGUGUUCAGACAUCUCUCGGCGAUCAUCGAGUACGUGAGGGACGACGUGCGACUGGUCAAUGUGGCGAGAGAGGCAUCUGAGAAGGUGCAGCGCUUGUUGCUCAGCGAGAAGCCUGACGUCGUGAUCGCCACACCAUCAAAAGCACUCAAUUACCUGCAGAACGGCUCGUUGGACCUCAAGAGCGGCAUGGAGUCGCUAGCGAUUGAUGAGGCGGAUCUCAUCCUCUCCUACGGUCACGAUUCGGACGUCAAAUCGCUCCUUAGCGGCAACUUCCUACCAUCGCACUUCCAGUCCUUCCUCAUGUCGGCAACUAUGACCUCGGACGUGUCCAAGUUGAAGGGCUUGCUCCUCCGCAACCCAGUCAUCCUCAAGCUAAACGAAGACGACGAGGCAGCAUCCGGCUCGAACCUCGUCCAGUUCUACACCAAGACGACCGAAGAGGACAAGUUUCUGUUGGUGUACGUCAUCCUCAAGCUCAAGCUGAUCAGGGGCAAAGCGAUAUUGUUCGUCAACGAGCUCGAGCGCGGGUAUCGACUGAAGCUGUUCCUGGAGAAGUUUGGCUUGCGGGCAUGCGUGCUCAACGCCGAGCUGCCGAUCAAUUCGAGGUACAGCAUCGUCGAGGAGUUCAACAAGGGGAGGUUCGAUUACAUUGUUGCUACAGACGAGCCGACGGGUCUGAGCGCGCAGCCAGAGGAGGAUGGGCCGGAGGACGCGGAGGUAGCUGCCGAAGACGACGAGGCAGGGGAGGAGGCCGGUGAAGAGGGCACUGGAAAGAAACGCAAAUCCACCUCGGAAGCGCCUGCGUCGAGCAAGAAGUCCAAGAACAAGCGCAAAAAGGGCAAGAACGCGUCCAACGAAUACGGCGUCUCUCGCGGUGUUGACUUUGUCAACGUCUCGUGCGUCAUCAACUUUGACCUGCCCACCAGCGUCGAUUCGUACAUUCACCGAGUCGGUCGAACUGCACGAGGAGGUGCCUCAGGUACAGCGCUCUCAUUCGUCGUCCCCUCCGCCGAAGUUGGUCGAUCAAAGUACCUCACCUGCCCGACUACGCGGUACGACGAGUCGGUGUUCAAGCAGCUCACGCGCACCUCGUCCUCCUCGCUCAUCGGUGGUCCGCUGCAAGAGUGGAACUACGACUCGACCUCCGUCUCUGGGUUCAGGUAUCGUGUCACGGACACGCUCAAGUCGAUCACCAAAGCCCUUAUCCGCGAGGCGCGCAUCAAGGAGUUGAAGAACGAGAUCCUCACUUCGACAAAGCUGCAGUCGCACUUCGAGGAUCAUCCGGACGACCUGGCUUUUUUGCAGCACGACAAGGCGUUGCUCGGCACGCGCGCGCAGCAGAGCCAUCUCAAGCAUGUGCCCCAGUAUUUGGUGCCGAAGAUCAUUAACCCAGGAGCGAAGCUCACCAGGGGAGACACGUACAAGGGCUACGUGCCGAAGAACAAGGUGGACGGUGGGAAGGGCAAGAACGGCAAGGGCAAGGGGAAAGGGAGGAGCUCGACUGGCAAAGGUGCAACGGCGGCAAGGGGGAAGAAGAAGGUCGACCCUCUGCGCAAAUUUGCCAAGAAGUAG